CGAUAUUCAUUCUCAAUAGGAAUAGCCUUCUGCGUUACCCGCCAGCGACCCGAGGUCGACCGACCACGCAAGCCACCGAGUAAGAAUUGGGCUCGGGCCUUUGAGAAACGUCAUCCGGAAACGCAAGCGCGGAGAGUCAAGGCGCUCGACUGGAAUCGCCACGAGAAGAACAUAUAG